UCAAGGAAAUUCUCAUUGUUCGUAACCCUAAUCUUCAACCGGUAGCUUUCAAGGUUAAAACAACAGCCCCUAAGCAAUAUUGUGUGAGACCAAAUUCGGGUAGAAUUGAAGCGAACCAGAGUGUAGAGGUGCAAGUCAUCCUCCAACCUAUGAAAGAGGAUCCACCUCCGGAUUUCAAAUGUAAAGAUAAGUUUUUGGUACAAAGUGUGGCAAUUACACCAGAACGAGAGACACUAUCUCUACAGGAAUUGUGGUCUACAAUUGAGAAAGAGGCGAAAAAUAGCAUCAAAGAAAACAAGAUUCGAUGCGUAUACUUGCCACCAGUUACGCCUGUCGGGAAUAAUUUGCCUUCGGCAUCACCUCCUCCGAAUCUGCCUCUCCCGCCUCAACCAUCUGUUCCGGUUCGUCCUGCAUCUCCAAGUUCUCCAUUAGAUAACAGCAUUUAUUCUGAGGCAGAUAAGACGAUCAAUCAUCUUUCUUCUCCACCACCGUACACAAAUGACAUUAAUAACAAGACAGCCGUGUCGGCACACGCAGAAACCGUUCCGACAACACAGAACCUAACAAAUGGAUAUCCAGCAAUCAUCUCAUCUCGUGCACCUGGGGCUUUUCCCAAGGAUCACGAAGAUCAGACCAUUAAAGCUUCCAGAGAGGACGAUCCUGCAAAACUACGAAGGCAGUUACUCGAAGCACAAGAUGAGAUUAAACGCCUUAAACAUACCAUCGAAAAUUACAAGCAGGAAUUAAACACAGCCCAAAUGAGGCAACGCAAAAAUGACGAAUCUGUUUCUCCAUCAAACCGACAUAGCAUUUCUAGUGGUUACUCUGUCAAUGUUCAAGAACGAAUUCCUGAAGGUUAUUAUCCGUUUGAAGUAGUAGUUGGAGCUGCUGUGGGGGCUUUCCUGUUUGGAGUGAUGUUCUUUUGA